UCUCCGGCCGGGCACCGCCCCCCGCAGAUGAAAAACAAAGAUGGACUAGGGAGAACUACUAGCUAGCUAAUUAGCUCGAAGGACCUUCAAUAUUCGGUCGUGUAGAUCAUUUCCCAAUCGUCAAUGUUUUAAAUUUAGUGAAUUUGGAUCACGCGAUCACAAUACAUUCUCACGUAGUUUAUGUAUUGUAGCAAUCACAAGAAACUAACAAAACAAGCGGUUUCUUGGCUACGACACCGAGGCUUAGUAGCUAGCUAGCUAGCUCGCAGCAGCAACUACUCGGUUGCAGUCUCACGGUACUUACCGAGAACGAACAGCCCGAGACUCGCACAGAAACAUGGAGAAGGCAGAUUUCCUCAAAGGACUACCUGUUUACAACAAAAACAACUUCAGCAGAUUCCAUGCAGACUCUGUGUGUAAAGCAUCAAACCGCAGACCAUCUGUGUAUCUUCCAACCCGGGACUAUCCAUCAGAACAGAUUAUAGUCACAGAAAAGACAAACAUCUUGUUGCGCUAUCUUCAUCAGCAAUGGGACAAAAAGAAUGCAGCUAAGAAGCGAGAGCAGGAACAAGUGGAGGGGGAAAACACUGCGCCUCCACGGAAAAUUGCCAAAAAGUCUAUACACAGUCCGCGGCGGAGCGAGGAAUCUUAGAGCGCUGUGUUGUCCAGCAGAGACCGACACACAAACAUGCACGUGUGCUGAUGCACUCAUUUUCUCAAACACAGAUGCAGGAUACAUGUUUGCAAACCCAAGCCUUGGUACUGAAGCACAUCAGGAAAGAUAGAUGUCAGGAUAGACCACUGCCACAUCACUCAACACAAAGUCCAGAAACACACAGGUUUAUCUGUUUGUGUGUUAAUGUGGGCAUUUGAAUUCCAGUUUCCUACUGAACCAGGAUUUUUGUGUUUCCACGAUUUAUCAGGAAUAUCAACUUUUUUGGUGUAACCAUCACAUUUAUUUUUAAUAGACUUAAUGCUUUGCUGCUUUACUCAGUUCUCUCCUACGACAAGCCCCAAAUCAUACCUUUGCUUCAUAUUCUGUUUUGUGCAGUUUUCAAAAUAAGAUACAGCUGUCCCUUCACUCUUGACCCCUCUGGUUUUCAUUCAUUCGUGCUCAAACAUAUUUUGUGAUGUAGGGAAUAUUUUCAGUGCUCUUAUUUUGCUGUUACGGGAUUUGCUGAUGUAGUCAAUCACAUAAGCUUUCAGAUGUGCAUGUUUAAUUUAAGCCUGUGUAUGUGAUUAAGUUGCAUGCCAUCUUUGUGGACCCUACUCCAGUAGGAUUUUUUUUAGUUUUGAAAUAUGUAGUGACAUGCAUUACAGGGUAGCCCUUAAAGAUCCCUCUUAGCUCACCCAGCAUGUGAUUACAGUCAUUACAGUAACUGAAAAUAAAUGUACCAUGUUCGCUGCUUAGACUAAAUUAGGCAUUCAGGUUAUUGUUAUUGACAAUGUUUUGUUAAAAAACACGAGUUCUGAAAGAAAUAUUCUUUUGUUCUGUUCUCCUGAUGAAUAAUGGUUUAUUGCCUUAAAUAGAAGUGAGUGUUUCUCACCAUGUUUUAGACCGUUCCCUUGGUUUACAUUGUGGUAACAGUUGCAGAAAUGUACCACUGCUGAGUUGAGUGGAUAUCAUGUGUUCUUCAGUUAAGGACAUAUUAAGGUCUAUAGUUAUACCAGAAGAUGCAAACUCUUUUUUGUAAAAGAUGGCCUGCAGAUUUUGUAGCAAUAUUAUAAACUUGGCACUCAGUACAUUGAGCACCAGUUUAUGAGCAGUGUUUGUACCAUUUCAAGUGCAAGCUUGGCACAUAAAACAUUGUGUGGCAUAGACUGAUGAAGACUGUAGUUCUGGAAGUAAGUCCUUCAACUGUACUAACACUUACUUAUCACAACUGCUGUCGACCCUUGUUAUAAAUGUGCCAUUCUCAUUUAAAUUGUUCCAUCAUAUGAGACAUAUUGUUUAGUUGGGUAAAUUUGGAUUUGCAGUCACAAGCUUGACAGCUGGGCCAAAACACAUGGAGUCUGUCUUUCUGCUGCUACUUGUAAAGUUGAACUUUAUUCUAAGUCUGUGUUGAAUUCUAUUCAAAAUAAUUUUCCACAAGUUUGUAUAUUUGUACAGUAUGUAUAGUUUGCUUGUUCCAACCCAUUAUCAGGAAAUAAAACAAGGAUUGGCUCUGA